GUGGAGGAGAAGAUGGGCUGGCAACAAUCUCUGCAAGAAUCAGAUGUGUCCAAAGUCCGCACCAUUUACCUCAAUGAACCCCUUAGGAACAGUUUCUGCAAAAACUCAAUCAGCACAGCCAAGUACAGCAUGUGGUCAUUCCUCCCUCGAUAUUUGUAUCUGCAGUUUAGCAAAGCUGCUAAUGCUUUCUUCCUGUUCAUUACUAUAUUGCAGCAAAUUCCAGAUGUGUCUCCAACGGGAAAAUAUACAACUUUCUUGCCUUUGAUGAUGAUUCUUAUGGUUUCAGGCAUCAAAGAGAUUGUAGAAGAUUAUAAACGACAUAUGGCAGACAAAUUAGUUAACACAAAGACCACGAUAGUGUUAAGAGAGAAUGCAUGGAAAAUGAUUAUGUGGAAAGAGGUAAUUGUGGGCGACAUUGUGAAGGCUUCAAAUGGACAGUUCCUUCCUGCAGACAUGGUUCUGAUUUCUUCUAGUGAACCUCAAGUAACCUGUUAUGUUGCAACCUCUAAUCUGGAUGGGGAGACAAAUCUAAAAAUACGGCAGGCUUUGUUAGAAACAGCUGAAAUGCAAACAGAAAAACAAUUGUCAAGCCUAUCAGGAAAAAUAGAAUGUGAAGGACCUAAUCGUCAUUUCAAUACCUUCAUUGGAACCUUGUAUCUAAAUGGUAAAAGCCCUGUUCCAAUUGGGCCUGAUCAGAUCUUGCUAAGAGGCACACAACUUAAAAAUACUCAGUGGAUCCUUGGCAUAGUUGUUUACACUGGAUUUGAAACCAAAUUCAUGCAGAAUUCUAUCAAAUUGCCUCUCAAGAGAUCAAAUGUUGAGAAGGUGACCAAUGUGCAGAUCCUGGUAUUGUUCCUGCUGCUCCUGGCCAUGUCCUUGGUGAGCUGUUUGGGAGCCAUACUCUGGAAUGACUGGUACGGAAAAGGCAUUUGGUACAUCGGGACAAAGGAUUACAGCUCCCACAGUUUAGGGUUUGACUUAUUGGUGUUCAUCAUCCUGUACCACAAUCUCAUCCCCAUUAGCCUGCUGGUCACUCUGGAAAUUGUGAAAUGUGUGCAGGCCAUGUUUAUAAACUGGGAUGAAGAUAUGCAUUAUAAAGGAAAUAAUGUCUAUGCCAUGGCCAGAACAUCCAAUCUUAAUGAAGAGCUUGGGCAGGUAAAAUACUUAUUUUCUGAUAAAACAGGAACCCUCACUUGCAAUAUUAUGACAUUUAAGAAGUGUACCAUUGCAGGUAUAAUUUAUGGAAAUCAGUCAGACAGAAGUGAUAUCAAUUUGGAAAAGUUAAGUCUGUCACCCUCUGUCAUCACAGAGUCCUGUGAAUUUAAUGACCCAAAAUUACUGCAGAACUUUGAAAAUGACCAUCCCACGAAAGAUUAUAUAAAGGAAUUUCUUACCCUGUUAUGUGUGUGCCACACUGUUGUACCUGAGAGAGACGGAAAGAAUAUAAUCUACCAGGCUUCCUCCCCAGAUGAAGCAGCUUUAGUGAAGGGAGUGAAGAAGCUUGGCUUUGUUUUUACUACAAGAACGCCAACCUCUGUCACUGUAGAAGCUAUGGGAGAAAACUUCACAUUUGAAAUUCUUAAUGUCCUGGAGUUUUCUAGUAAUAGAAAAAGGAUGUCUGUAAUUGUCCGAACUCCUACAGGAAAUCUCCGGCUCUACUGCAAAGGGGCUGAUACAGUGAUUUAUGAGAGACUUUCAGAAGAUUCUCGCUUUAUGAAGGAGACAUUAACCCACCUGGAAUAUUUUGCCAAAGAAGGGCUGAGAACUCUCUGUGUUGCCUAUGCAGAUUUAACUGAGGAAGAAUAUCAGCAGUGGUUGACGCAGUAUAAAAAAGCUAGUACAGUUACCCAAGACAGAAUGCGGAGUUUGGAAGAAUGUUAUGAUAAUAUUGAAAAGAAAUUUCUGCUUCUUGGAGCCACAGCCAUUGAAGAUCGCCUUCAAGCACGUGUUCCAGAAACAAUAACAACUUUACUGAAAGCAAACAUAAGAAUAUGGGUUUUGACAGGAGAUAAACGAGAAACUGCAAUUAACAUAGCAUAUUCCUGUAAACUGCUAUCAGCUCACAUGCCUCAUAUUCAAUUGAAUUCAAACUCAUUUGAGGCAACACAACAAGCAGUUACUCAGAACUGUGAAGCUCUUGGAACCCGGAUAGGUAAAGAAAAUGACCUGGCCCUCAUCAUUGAUGGUGAAACACUGAAGUAUGCCCUCCAUUCUGAAAUUAAGAGGAGCUUCCUCAAUUUGGCCCUCUCAUGUAGAGCAGUAUUAUGCUGUAGGUUAUCUCCCCUCCAGAAGGCAGAAAUAGUGAACUUGGUUAAGAAGCAUGUAGGGGCCAUCACUCUUGCCAUUGGGGAUGGUGCUAAUGAUGUUGGGAUGAUCCAGAUGGCCCACGUGGGUGUGGGAAUCAGUGGGAAUGAGGGCGUGCUGGCCACCAACAACUCAGAUUAUUCCAUUGCACAGUUUAGCUACUUGGAGAAGCUUCUGUUGGUUCAUGGAGCUUGGAAUCAUUUUCGAGUGACGAAAUGCAUAUUGUAUUGUUUCUACAAAAAUGUAGUGUUAUACAUUAUUGAGCUUUGGUUUGCCUUUGUUAAUGGAUUUUCUGGGCAGAUUAUAUUUGAACAUUGGUGCAUAAGCUUGUACAAUGUGAUUUUCACUUCAUUACCCCCUUUUACUCUGGGGAUCUUUGAACAGUGUUGCAGUCAGAAGAGCCUGCUUACACAUCCACAGCUCUACAGGAUUUCUCAGGCAGGGAAUACUUUCAACACAAAGGUGUUUUGGUUUCAAUGUUUAAAUGCUUUGAUCCAUUCCUUCAUUCUCUUCUGGAUGCCCAUGAAAAUGCUGGAGCAUGAUAUGGUCUUACAAGGGGGUCACACUACAGACUAUUUGUUUCUUGGAAAUUUUAUUUAUACGUAUGUAAUUGUUACUGUCUGUCUGAAAGCUGGUUUGGAGACACUAUCUUGGAAUAAAUUUAGUCAUUUGGCCAUUUGGGGAAGCAUACUUAUAUGGCUGGUGUUUUUGGCAAUUUACUCUUUCGUAUGGCCCACCAUUCCUAUUGCUCCUGAAAUGAGAGGACAGGUCAAUAUGGUCCUGGUUUGUCCACACUUCUGGCUGGGUUUUUUCAUAGUCCCCAUUGUGUGCCUGAUUCUAAAUUUAAUAUGGAAAUUGAUUAUAAAUACCUGCAACAGAACAUUACUAGAGGAGAUUCGGGAGCUGGAAAGUAGCAGAGCUCAAGGACUUUAUCCUCCUAAAAUGUUUAAAAGGAGAGUGGAGGCAACAAAACUCAGAAUGUCCGUAGCCAGCACACUGCACAAGAUUGUCUUCCCAAAUGAAUCUUUUGAUCAAAGCAUCCCACAUGGGUACGCAUUUUCUCAAGUCGAACAAGCUGUGAUUACUCAGGAAGAACUAGUCCGUUCUUAUAACACUACUAAAAGCAAAAGCAGUAAGAUAGGUAUGGACUCUUCUGACUCCAGAUAGGAGUGAGGUUUGGACGACAUCCUGUGUUCUCAUGUCCUUCCCCAAGGCUGCAGAACAUGCCAACACCCCCGAACACUCAUUUCUUGUGGCUCUGGGCAGACAGUUUGUUAUUUAUGUAUCAAUUGAGUCAAUCCUUGGAUAUAAAU